AUGGAAGAACUAAGAAACAAGAACAGUAAAUUGAUAAAAGAAGCAAUAGAAAAACUUCUUGUUAUUCGACAGACAAUUGACGAUACUACUAACAACUAUCAAUACUAUUUAGAAAGUAUUAAAAAUGAAGUGUUUGAAAAACAAGACAAUGAAACAUAUGAAGAGGCUAUUAAAAGAGGAGAAGGAAUAAUUAAGAGUAUGGAUGAAACAGAAAGAAAAAGAAAAGCGUUAAUACUAGAAAAAGGACAAGAAACAAUUAUACAAAUAGAAAGAAUGAAGAAAGAAUUCAAAAGAAUAAUAGAAUAA